AUGCGUCCAAACGAUGGUAUCCGACCAGUACGCGUGGAGUUGGUCAUUUUGAUUGCAAUUGAGUGGAAGCGCUCAGAACAAGAAGAUAUUCAUGCUAUCCUCACCACUGUUCCGCGUCCUGAGUGUGUAUGUGUGUGUGAUAAGAAUUUCUUUCUUGCUAAACCUGUGGUUGUGAUGCAGUCAACAGACGGUUCUGUCAACCAUCUCGAUCCAACCAAUAAACAGUGUGGCUCCCAGGGGAAAAUAGCGACUAAAGUGGCCGAUCGUUUUGAGGCCUCAAGCGAUAUGAGCACAGAAUGA